AUGGCGGUAGUGUAUCCACAAUUGUUUGUUCUAGCCAACCGUUUGGUAUUUCCUAUCCAACACGAACCAUACCACUUGAGAGAUAUCACUCAAGACGGUUAUCAAGACGAUGUCGAGCAAGAAGCUAUUCCACUGCGGUCGCAGAGAUCCGAGAUUGAAAUGAGCUACUUUCAGGAUGAUGACGAGUUUCUCAAUCCCCCUUCAGCGACCUUGCUAGAUCAUCGUCCUUAUCUUGGUCAUGAAUUGGCUGAUCAUACGCCUCCAGAGUUUUUACCAGGAAGCGGGGAAUAUACCUAUCCUUUCCAUUCACGGCGUCCGCAUGGCCGAGAUAUUGCUUGCGAGGAAAAAGAAGGUCAUGCUCAAGCUGGAGAGCUACCCAAUGGACAAAAACUGCAUCGAUCUAGGCUUCGUUCAGUGUCCGAAUUGCCUGACGUAUAUCGGGGAAUUUUCAAGUUUGGCAUCUUCAAUGCUAUUCAAUCUGUUUGCUUCGACGAGAUUUUUAAAUCAGAUGUUAAUAUGGUAAAGGGAAGAAGAGACGACUUGUUCUCACCUUACUCAGUGUUUUCCACCAGGUCAUCAGUGGUAAUAUAUUUAUCGCACUCGUCUUCUUGUUCUGAUUCGUUCCCAGCUCCGACAGGAAGCGGAAAAACUGUUUUGUUCGAGUUGGCUAUCAUACGUAUGCUGGUGCACAACAAGAGCGACCGACAGUCAAAAUGCAUUUAUAUAGCGCCCACGAAGGCUCUGUGUUCGGAACGAUAUAGAGAUUGGUCCUCGAAGUUUGAUUCGAUUGGCUUUAAAUGUUGUGAAUUCACGGGCGACACGGUCGUCUUCGGCGGCAACGUCUGGGGUGACGCUAAGGACGCAUCUAUCAUAAUUGCGACAGCUGAGAAAUGGGAUAGUCUUACUCGCAACUGGCGCGAUCACUCUCAGAUACUCUCUCGGGUCCAUCUAUUUCUUGUGGACGAGGUUCACAUUCUCAACGAAUCUCGCGGAAGUACUCUCGAAGUUAUUACGUCGCGAAUGAAAAUGCGGGGUUCUUGUAUGAGAUUUGUUCUGGUGUCAGCGACAGUCCCCAACAUACAGGAUGUCGCUUCAUGGAUUGGAAACGGCUCGGACGUCGCUAGCCCUGCAAAAGUUUUUGAGUUUGGGGAAGAGUUCAGACCAUGCAAGCUCACUCGCCAUGUGAUUGGGGUCCCAAGACGGAAAGAACAUAACGAUUUCCAGUUUGCGAAGAUGCUCGAUUACAAGUUGUUCUCUGUUCUACAGCAAUAUUCCGUCGGAAAGCCGAUCUUGGUUUUUUGCUCAACAAGAAAAGGCGUCUUCGAUACAGCAGAGCAGCUCAUGAAAGAGUUCGUGGAGACGGAACAAAAAAAACUCACUUUGCCAUGGUCGCGUCCUCCAGGGUUAACGACCUUCGGCACUUCGCUGAAGUUGAUUCUUUCAGAGUUGGUAAAAUAUGGUAUCGGAGUCCACCAUGCUGGCAUAAACUUAGAUGAUCGGCGGACGAUAGAGGAUCUGUACCUUCGGAAGAGUCUCCGUAUUCUGGUGGCUACCUCAACUCUGGCGGUUGGUGUAAAUCUUCCGGCCCACAUGGUUGUCAUCAAGGGUGUCAGAACUUUCCAAAAUAAUGCGUCCGUGGAGUAUUCUGACCUGGAUAUCGUUCAAAUGCUUGGACGUGCUGGCCGACCCCAAUUCGACAAGGAUGGAAUCGCCAUCAUCAUGUGCGAGAAGGAUCUGGAAGGUAAAUACGAAGCACUUGUGCAAGGGAAAAAUGUGUUGGAGAGCUCCCUUCACCUCACUCUUUCUGAGCACAUAAACUCGGAAAUUGAUCUUGGCACCAUCACCGAUCUGGAGUCCGCAAAAUCUUGGCUCCGUGGGUCCUUUCUGUUUCAAAGAAUCAGAAAAAAUCCGAAUUUCUACGCCCUCGGAAAAGAGGAUGACCAGACAUGGCAGGAGAGGGUCGACGAUGUCGUCAUGAGGAGUGUGAUGAAGUUGAGAGAUACCCAUCUCGUAUCAUAUAUUGACAAGGGGGCCGAGGCUGGAAAGCUAACUUGCACUGAAUAUGGCGAAAUCAUGAGCAAGUUUUACAUUCGGCAAGCAACGAUGAGUUUGAUUCUCAACUUGCCUGAUCAUCCAAGCCUUAGAGAAAUGGCAGGUCGCUACUGCUACCAGAAGAAUUAUCAACUUAUUUUCUGCCAGCUAGAAACAAUUUCAACCGCAGAAGAAGUCUCAGGACGUCGGAGAAAGCCGUCGGUUGCAAAUUGCUUCGCCCAACUACUGCUCAGUUUUCCUCAGAUUUACAAUAAACUCCGGAAUCAUCUUGAUAUACGAUUCGAAGUAAAGAAGAUAGAAAAGACCUCUGACAAAGCGUUUCUACUCAUUCAGGCGGUACUCGGAGGCAUAGGGUUAAAGACAGAAUUCAAAGGCACAGAUAGCCAGCCGUAUCUUGAAGCGUUGAGCCUCUUUCGACAUGCUCCAAGAAUUGCACGAGCUGUCGUCGAGGUUGCAGUUGCUAAGAAAGUUGGAACUCAAGUUAAACAUGGACUCGAAUUGGUUCGUUGCUUGACGGCCAAGGCAUGGGAAGAUAGGCCAAUAGUGUUAAAGCAGGUGGAACACAUAGGAGAGAAGUCGAUCAAGGUUUUGGCGGAACAUGGGAUUGCUUCUCUUUGCGCCUUGCGCUCUCAGACUCCUCUGAGGAUCGAAACCUUACUGAAUCGGCGACCUCCCUUUGGGUUGGAGGUUUUAGCUUGUGCCAAUGAGCUACCCCAAUACCGUCUCAAUAUCACAGAACUUGGAAUGCGCUCAAGUGCCGGAAAGGGUCCAAUUGAAGUGGACAUUUCAAUCGAUUGCAGUUUACUCGAGCCCAGCCAAGUGAUAAAAGUGAAAAGGCAGAAGCAUCGAGUCAUCGACAUGACAGCCGUUUUGACACUGACAUCCACCUCCGACUUCAUUGACUUUCGUCGAAUACCGACGAAGGUAUUGAAGGGGAGGAAAACAUUCGAAAUCACUGCAAAUUUGACGAAACCUAGCCAGUCGAUCAUCGUAAUAAUAUCGUCCGAGAGUGUCGCUGGAUCUUCUGUCCAACGAAUUCACAAACCUACUAUUCCUGUGACGGAAUUCCCAGUUCUGGAUACCCGCCCUCUUUCUUCGAUCGAAUCCGAUCUCGUUGGACUUGAAGACGAUCCAGAUUUUUGGAAUAUGCGUAUCGAUGACAGCGAGAAUGAGUUCGUCUUUUCGAAGGAUGGCUCAAAGCGGAAAAGUUUUCUUUUUUUCCCCACCAGCUAA